GUAAAAAGAAUAAAUCUGAUGAAGAACAGAAAGGAUAGUUAGAGGCAGGCACUGGUUAGUACCCGUAAAGCCAGGGCAUCGACACUUCUAUGCUUAAGAGAUAAGAAGCCAAAAUUCACGCGUUAAUGAAUUGAUACUUCCUUCACGAUUUCACACUUCUAUGCUUCCAUUCACGAAGAAGAAGAGGGGAAAUUCACACUUCCUUCAAAAGGUUCAACUUUUAUUUAUUGGGUCUCAUAAAAAAUUAAAGCUUUUUCAAGACACAAAUCAAUGGAAGCUUUCAUCUUCAUCUUCUUCUCCUUCUCCUUCAUCAUCUUCUGUGUAUUAACGAAAGUCCCCACAACUGUCUGUCUUCGCUGCCAGACAAAACUGCCACAGCCAAUAAUGUUUCUUUGAGGGACCUUUCUUCUGUCAGAGACUCUCUAUCUCUCUCUUCUCUUUCUUUCUCUCUCCUGUUAUUUGCUCUGCUCAGCCUCACCAACUCAUCUUCAGUCCUCAAACAAACAUCUGCUGUCAUCUCUUUUUAUUUUUAUUUUACCUCUUUGUUUCCUUCCCUUUCUCUUUCAUAUCUCACUUUCAGUUUCCUAUUUUCUCUUCAAAAUCUUCUUAGCAAUUUAAGACUACUAUUCUAUAUAAAGCUAACGGCUUUAGCUUCAGAAGCUCUCAUAACCAGAAGCCAGUACAUGAAUUUCUUGUUUUUACCUCUUUAAAACCCCUCACAAUUAUUUCUCCCCAAAGUUGGUCCUAGAGAGAGAAAGAGAAAGAGGUUUCAGCUUCUAAUGGAGAGGAUUCAGGGACAAAACAAGCUCUGUUCUUUGGAUCAAAAAGUGAAUGUGAGAAGAAGCAUAGAAGUUGAAGGAUCUGCAGAGUAUAAAAAGAAAUUUCUCGAGGACGAGCAAUACUCAACUCCAAGCUUGCAAGAUACAAGAAUUCCAUUUCUACAAAUGCUGCAACAAAGUGAAGAAGACUCUUCUUCCGUUUUGUCCUUUAAAGACCCAAACUUUCUAGCACUACUCUCUCUCCAGACACUCGAAAAGCCUUGGGAACUCGAAAACUAUCUCCCGCAUGAAGUUCCAGAGUUUCAUUCACCGAUCCAUUCUGAAACCAACCACUACUAUCAUAAUCCAUCCUUGGAAGCCAUCUCAAGCCAAGAAUAUCAGUUAAACCCAAUAGACAAUGUGAAUUCAAGACGCAAGCGCAGAAACAACAACAAUAAUUUGGCAACAUCAAUGACCAGAGAAAAGAGAAAGAGAAGGAGAACUAAACCAACAAAAAACACAGAAGAGAUGGAGACUCAAAGAAUGACGCACAUUGCGGUUGAACGAAACCGCAGACGCCAAAUGAACGUUCAUCUCAACUCACUCCGCUCCCUCAUUCCAUCUUCCUACAUCCAAAGGGGAGACCAAGCGUCAAUAGUAGGAGGAGCAAUAGACUUCGUGAAGAUCCUCGAGCAACACUUGCAAUCCCUUGAAGCGCAAAAGAUAACUCAGCAAACCGAUAUGUGCAACAGUGAUAAUCCGAGUGGCAUUCCGUCGAGCGAGUUGCGUGCGAGUACCGAAGAACAAACUAGUAAACUCAGAAUCGAUGCCACAGUGAUAGAGAGUCACGUCAAUCUCAAGAUCCAAUGCUUGAGGAAACAAGGACAACUUCUCAGAUCAAUCAUUUUGCUCGAGAAACUUCGAUUCACUGUUCUUCAUCUCAACAUCACAUCGCCGUCCAAUGCAUCUGUCUCUUAUUCCUUCAACCUCAAGAUGGAAGAAGACUGCAAUCUUGGAUCGGCUGAUGAGAUAACGGCGGCAGUUCGUCAGAUUUUCGACUGCUGAUUAUUGGAUUAAAAAAAAAAAACACGAAAAUCCCAACAAAAAAGAAGAAGAAGGAAAAGUAACGAUCUUUUUCGUAACUUCGUUUUUUGGAGGAAGAGAUGCUUUUGUUGGUAUGUAAUUGGAGUCUUCUCGGCAUGGCACUUGACUUGGUUUAAGGCUACUCUACAGAAUUGGGUCCCACCUGAUAGAUGUAUAUCAAGUUUGACCUUUGUGUCUUUAUAUCCAUCAUCAUUGUCUUUUUAUUUAGCUUUUUGCCUCUCUUUUGGGGUUGACUAUUUUUGUUUAAUAAAAGAUCUUAUCAGAUGGCAUUGGGUCUGAAUGUUCGAGGAACUGUUCGGUCCAAAGA